UUGACUCCUGGUUAACUAAUAUCAAACCAUAUCUUUCCCACUUCAGCUCAACAACAAAAUCAACAUAAUGAAGUUCUCCACUGUUCUUCUGGCCUCGUCAGCUCUUCUAUCUGGAGUAAGCGCUGGAGUCAUUUGGACAGACUCUGAGCUUAAUGAGAUAUGUUGGAAAGUGUGCUUCCAUGAAAAACCCCACUGCCCUCAUGGCUGGCAUGAAAAGCAUUUUGGACAUUGCUGGACUUGCUGCAAGGACCAUCAUAGCGAUGCUAAGGAUGACCUGUAUAGAUGGCUUUAAGAGUGAUGACUACUUAAUUUCAUUCUCACUGACAUGAAGAAGUGUAAUCCAAUUUCUGUGGGAUACUAGGGAUAUUCUGGUCGUCCAAGAUCAACUGUGGUAAUUGGUUAAAUCUGGG